AUGAACACGAUGGCUGCGACUGGGCUGGGCGCAGAUUCGCCGUCUCCACGGGCGUUGCCAUUGCUAACCGCCAGUCCUGCGUUCGAAGAGGGAGACAAGAACGACUACAGGGCAGACGACGAGAAGGAUUUUGGAAGCGAAGUGGACAACGGCUUCGACUUUACUCCUUCUGCGAACAUUUCCUCUGCUGCUAGUGAGACAAGCGAAGACGUCAAGGGUGACGCAGAGAAGAAAGCAGAGGACGACGAAGAAGAGCAGAUUAUGGAGAAUGUUCUGCUUGGUCUGGAUGGAGAUGUCACCGAGAAGGCUCUUGCAGAUGCGAGUGCUGUGCAGAAGGUUGACGUUGCACGUCACACUGCUGUUCAAGACACAAUUGUCGUCAAGAAGUACACGCAGGCUGUGCGUGGAGAUGAGAGUUCGAAACAUUCUACGGAGCUCGUGGCCGUGAGUGUGAGCACUUCGUCUGCUGUGGUUAAUCAAGAAACGUCGCUAACGCUAGCAUCAAGGGCCAUUCCAUCGGAUGGUGAACAGGAUUCAAGCAAUGAGGAUGUUGACAUGGACGUGAAGAUUCCAGAAGAGAUUUUGUUCCCGAGUGAUGAUGACGAAAGUGACGACAUUGCAGCGGAAGCAAGCGAGACUGCGGAGAAGACGAACGAGGAGGAGAAACCUGUGACUGAUGAUUUCACGAGUAAGAAUUCAUUAUGUCAAGACAGCGAAGAAGUUCGUGGCGGGAAGAGCGGUGGACACGAGGAAGCUCAAGAAGACGCUCCAGCAUCGUCCGAUUCUGAUGUUGCUGUGAUCCAGUCGCAUUCACCUGCGCACUCGGAGCCGAGUCUUGUUCCGGCUGCCACAAUGGUAACGAAAGCUAGAAGCACGGAGACCCCACUGCCACUUUGCGACGCACUUGCUGGUACCCACCAAGAGCCUGCAGAGCUGACGGAGAUUUCAUCUUCGAAGGAGAAUGGACAGGCCGACGAAGACAUGGAGAUCGAUGAGAUCGUGGAUGAAACUCCUCAAAGCGCAGAGAACGAGGCUACUGAAGCAGAGCUGCAACCACCUGCACAGCAAUCACAACCGGAAACGCGGCCCAAACGUUCUACACCGGCAAAGACAGGCAGUCCUUCUACAACGCCCGCUGCUCAGCCUAGUAGCAGCGAAAACCCUCCAAGAGACGAGUCUGCAUCAGCUUUGAAUCCGGAUAGUGGCUCGAGCCCAAAGCGUCCGCGGAAGAGAACGGUGGCUCCUGUUCACACGCCAAAGCAGUCGAAGCAAGCUGCUUCGAAGAGGCGGAAGACUCUUCCGGUAUCUGUUAAAGCCGGCGAAUUUGGUGCUGAAACUUUGCUGCCUCUACGUCGCUCGUCACGGAUCAAGGCUGAGCCUCCCAAGUUCGCACUCCCCGCUCAACAACUGUCGGAUGCGACUGUAAUGACUCACUUCGGUCGCAAGGCUGACAAUGGGAUGGCAUGCAAGCAUUGUGGCAAGGAGUUUACGGUAUCACGCGGUCUUGCGGCGCGGCAUCUCCAAGACUGUCCAGCGUUGGCAUCCCACGAGAAAACUGCAGCUGCGUUACCAGCGCCUCCGACAACUGCACCAACCCACGCACAGUCGGCAAAGCCAACGCGUGAAGCAAGCGACCAGCUGGUGCAGUUAAUGGGGUCUGGGGAACUCGCUAGCAAAGUGAAGGAGUCUUUCUUAGGAUCCCCAUUUUCAGGUCACGCUCCAGUGUCUCGCUUCCUGGGGCUUAUCAGAAACGACGUCUCGGGGUUGAGGCACUUAAACGUGCAGAAUUUACUCGAUGCUAUCGAUGCCGACGAUGGCCCUGCCGUGCAACUUCACCCGAAGCUUCCUGGUGUCCGUCGUAGCACUGGAUCUCAUGUCCUGGAGCCCGUAUCCAGCGCAAAAGCUCGAGAUCUGGAGAAAUGUCCGCUUCGCUUUCCAGCCCCACGUGGUGUCGCUGAGCACUUCAUUACGCCGUUAGCAAAGGAACUGGGUCUUGAGUACGCUAUGGCUCGACACACGGCAAAGAUAGUGAGCUGCCCCCAAGAAGAGACUGUGCUGGACUGGCAGUUCCAUCGCUCCGAGACUGUGAUCUUCCAACUGAGUGGGAAAUCUUUGUGGAGAACGAAGAAGAGUUCAGUGGACUACCCAGUUGACUGUUUCCAUCCCGCUUCAUGGCAACUGGAAGAUGUGGCACAAAUUGCAAAAGGUCAUUGUUUAUCGUCGACGAGUGAUGCCAGAGUGGGAUUUUUGGCUCCUCCAAGUGGGGAUUUUGAUGUUUUCGAUGAGAACGCGACUAUGGCUGACGUCUCCGGUGAGACACAAAAGCAUUUACUCAAGUCUGGGUCAGUUCUGUAUCUUCCUGCUGGAGUGUGGUUCGAGACGGAGACACAAGGUGCCAAUUCGCUGUGGCUUGAGGUGCAACUGGACUCAUUUACGUACGAGGAGUUGGUGCUCUCAGCUGUGAAGCAACUUGCUUUAAGUGGCAAACAAUGGCGAAUGCGAGUCCAAUUGUGUCCUGGCGAUCGACACCAAAUUCAACAAGCGCGACACCAUGCAGAGGGCUGCAUCCAGUCGCUGUGUAAGGAGAUGAAAGAGAUCAACGGGAGAGACGUACUCCCUGAAUACUUGGUUACUCAGGACUUGCAGGAGCUGGUGGAUCAAGGUCUCGUUCAGGUCACAAGCCAGACGGCCGAGUCGACGAGUCUUGCUGUGGAUCUGACCAAUCCGAGGUUCAAGUUGAAGCAUGUGAAGGUCUUCCGAGACUCUACGUAUCGCGUCAACCCGGUCGCUGUAUUGAUGAGUACAGACGAAAUUCCUCACGUACAAGCACAUCGCAGCGAGACUCCGAACUCUGAGGACACGACGCCUGCAAAUAUCUCGCAGACUCAGCAUCGUGCCUUGAGAAAGACGCCUAAGCCGAAGCCGAAGCGCAAGCAAACGCUGCGAGCGAUUUCUCACACUGACAAGCAAACGUACGUGCUGGACGAUAACUUUGGCAACGACAAGAGACAAUCUCGGCUGCACGUCAAGUUUCAGUGCUCGGCAGAGCAGUCGAAGUUUGUGGAAUGGCUUCGAGGCCGUGGCAGCGAACUCUUUGAUUUGGAGGAGUUUAGUCGCGGUGAUGGCUUGUUGGUAAGCCAAGGGAACGGCCCAGCACGUUGUGAGGAGAGUGCGCGAAGCUUGUUGCGAUUCCUGCACUUUGUCGGCUACGUUACUCAAGUGUAAGGCGCCGUAGGGAGUGUCUGAAAUGGUCAAGAAGGACCCAAGGGAUUAUUUUUGAAUGAUGCAGAUUUUUGCUAUUUGGCUCGAACUUGAGUGUUGACAUGUCGUUGUGCUAUCACUAACGCUGUACUUAAAACAGGUCGCAAUUCUGGACGAACAUUCUGCUCAGAUUUUAUUUAUUGAGCAUCUCGUCGAACGGAACAAGUUGCCUCGGUCUUCACUUGUCGUGGGUCUACUUCACCUGGCCCUGUGUCAUGGUCCUCUUGCGCAUGAGGAAAAGCAGUUUCUUAGUCUUGAGAGUGAUCCGGUGGUCAACUAGUCGGACACCUUCAAAGACGCUAAAGCCUGCGAUGUACUGGAAAUCGUCUUCCAGCGGUGUCGGGUCCUUGGCUGUCAGUAGAUAGUCAUACUGCUUGAGCUGCUCAGUGGUAGCUACUGACUCGUCCUUGGAGUACCU